ACAAGUAUGAACAAAAUGUGUUAGAAAUGGCGUUGUAUUAUUAAAAGAUUUGAAUAAUUGUGAUUUAAAGUACUUUUUAUAUCAAAAAUAAUUUUUUAAAUGUGUAAUAAUGAAAAGUAUAUUAUUUUUAUCAACGAUUUUAUACUUUUGUACAAUAUCCACAAAUGGACAACUGAUAAUCAAUGUAAAAAACCAGGGAGGUGAUGUUAUUCAAGAAAGUAUUGAAGCCAAUGUUACAGAAAAUACUGUACUUUUGGAAUUUCAAACAUCGGAUGGGACUUUAAUCAAUCAAUUAAUUGAUUUUGCAAAUAGUGUACAAAUUAUAAGAGCCUUGGUAUUGGGCGAAGAAGAACGUGGUCAGAGUCAAUACCAAGUUAUGUGUUUUAUAACACAUUUUGAAAAAAAUGAAUUUAUUUCUUCAGAUGCUAUGUCAAAAUUACGACAAAAAAAUCCCGGGACAAUUCGUGUUCCCGAAGAUGAUCGCGGUGGAAAAAAUUACAGUAUGGAUUAUUUUGUAAAUAUUGCUACAGCAUCUGCAAUCUCCCGACAUAUCAGUAGUUUUUGUGCCGAAGCAGUCAAUGCUUCUUAUACACGAAAACAAGAUUUACUUAUGUGGGCUAGAAAGCCAGGAACUUCAGAGUUGACUUUAAUGUCAGCUGUACGACCAUUUCCUGAUGACUUUGGAGCACUUAGCGAUAAUACCUUAUCGGUCUCCUCCGUACAAUCUUGUAAAAAUACAUUCCCUAUUCUAAAAGUGCCUUGCCAAUGUCAUUUUGAUAUUUGUAUUGGAUGGUAUCCAUGUGGCUUGAAAUAUUGUAAAGGAAAAGGAAAUGAUGCAAAAAAUCCAGCAUCUACAUAUAGAUGUGGUAUUAAAACUUGCCGAAGAAAAUUUUUAUUUUCUUAUUAUGUUCCUCAAAAACAAUUAUGUUUAUGGGAUGAAUAGGGGGAAAGAAGUAUUUUUGUAUUUUGUAAAUUACUUUUUCAAAACACGUACAAUUCAUAUUUUUAU